GUCCAAUCAAAUGGAUGGUGUCAUUUCACUUGCGCUCCGCAUUGAGUCAGUAAAUGCUUCGUCGCAGAGCCUUGUCUCCUAGACUGAGGCACUAUAUUAGUACUUCCAUCUGCCCUGACUUCCCCAUCUGAUUUCAGUUUGGAGCGAUAACCCUAUAGAGCCCCAAAUCUUACGAAAAUAUCUACUCAUUCAUCUUGACAGUUUCCACAUAAUUUUCAUUGGACUUAUCUUUACAGCCUCAACUGCUCGAUCGGUUUCUAGACCAUUCAUUAUGAUGAGAGAUGCAGUAAGCUUGGAUGUAUGGCAUCUUAUCUUUGAGCAAUGCACCACUCAGGAUCUGUCCCACCUCUGCUUGGUCGACAAGAUCUUUAACUCGAUCGCGACACCCGUUUUGUAUCGAUCUAUCACCUUGGUGGCUUAUAAGAUUCCCUCUAGAUCUGGUCGGUCGUCUAGAUCUACAGAAGCGAAAACGGAACCAGAAUUGCUUACAGGUCAUUGGCGUCUAUUAUCUCGAUUAGAAGAUGCCAAACAUCACACCUUACGAACUUGGAUACAGGAAAUCGAUAUUUCGAGUUUCAAUAAUUCGAGUUUCUCCUCUGCUAGGGCAGACGAGGACUUCCUAGAACGACUCCAGAGCAAUGAUUGUUUGGCCACACUGAUUGCCCGUCUGCCAAAUCUUCGACGGAUCACCAUCGGUUUUCCCAGUAUUCAAUCGACAACCUUGAUUCGCACCAUUUGUGAGCAUAAAAGGAAGCCAGAACUUCUCCUGCUCAACCAGGAUAGCCAAGAGAAAAUCGCUAGCUUGGCGGAGCAGACUUUACCCCCUGUCACGACCCUCUCUGCAUCAGUGAACCCGGCAAAUGACCGGAGCGGGCCAAAUCGGCAGAUACCCACGUUACAAAGAUUGUUUUUCAAAUGCCCACAUCUCCGGUCAUUCUCGCUUACUGUCAUGAGACAAUAUGGUGGUUGUGUUCCGAUGAUGUCGAGGUAUCCUGUUAUAUGGAGUUUUCAGCUUACAGGCGAAGAAACAUUCCCUCCACUCGAGCAUCUUUCCUUUGACGGAUACCUGAUGGACGACCAGCAAUGGAGGUAUUGGCGUGAUGGGCUUCAGUGGGACAGGUUGGUGUCACUAGCCAUAGGACCGCAGAGUUGCGCUGGCUUGUUUCGACGUCUAGUUGGCUUUACCAGAUCCCAAAAGAUCCUUGAAGUGCCUGUCUGGCAAGGCGAAGGCGAUGAUGAGCGAGAGGAACUCGUCGAACUCCUCUCAUCGUUUGAUUCUUUGGAAACCUUAGUUCUAAAAGGGUACAUGUGCCCGGUUGAGGUGAUUUCCCGUCACAGUAACCUAUCUACACUCUGUCUGCAUGAAGAGGAAUCUGCCUGCAAGGCGCGUCCGCGACAAGUCCUAACAGCGGAGGAGCUCAAUCAGCUCGAUGUCAACUGUCCCAAAUUGAAGUCACUUCAAGUGGGAGUCAAGAGAGAGAACAAUCAAUGGCCCGACGACGUCUUCGACAAACUAGCAACCUGUUUCCACAACCUCAGGAGACUAUCUAUGCACUUUGAACUAGGCCUCCCCGACAUACAUAACCCCAUCAAGCCUCUUAUAAAUUAUGCCUCUGUAAGGAGCAUCGGCCAGAAUUACUUUGACCGUAGAAAGCAGGCGGGCAUUGAAGUAUUCGAGUCGUUUACCUUGACCGUCUGGACAGGUAAAUACUUCCGUCGCUUCCCACAAUGGCCACCACAGUACGCCGGUUUCGAGAAGAAAUUCUCAGCGACUUACGAGAUAUCCUUGCCGAGUGAUUCCUCCGGUGAAGUUCAAGUCCGCCAUUUGGAGAAUGAGCGAUUAGACCUGAUCAAGUCCAAGAAGAUCAAAAUCCAUUCGUAUGAAAGGUCGCAGCUUGCUAAACAGGUUGCUGCAGCCGUGGAAGGCCCAAAAGUCGAGGAUUUCUCGGGGUGAGGAAGCCUACUUUCUUAUCAUGCUGGUCGUAGGGCUGGUGGCAUUGCAUAGCAUAUGAUGAUGAUGAUGUAUAUGUGUUUGUGCGGGUAUUUGAUGUCGCAGUGCAUUUGUCGAUAUGGUACAUCAGAUAUCUAUUUUAC